AUGCCAUCAUUAUUGCCAUUUGUACAAUAUAGUAACUCGAAUUCAUCGUCACAAAGCGAUUCACAAAGUGACAACCGUGUUAAACAAAUCAAAGACGACAACGUUAUGUUAGAAAAUUCUUUUGAUCAUAAUAAUGAUAAUCAACAAGAUGAAGACAGUGAUAGUAAUAAUAAAGAAAAUACUACUAAGAAUCAACGAUCGAUUUCUUUAACUCGACAACCUAUUAUAUUUGAUGAUAAUUGGACAGCUAAACCGUCAAGACAUGAAAGUAAAUUUAUUCAAUCAACUAAUCAAGGUGAGGCAACAUUAUUAGAAACUGAACAAAAUGAAACACCACUCUUAAAUUCUAAUCAACGUCUAGUUUUUUCUUCGGACCAAAGUAAAUCAGUAGGUACAAUUGAUAAGAAACAGCAAUCACCCAAAAUUCAUAUAUUCUCACCAAAUGGUCUUAAUAAAAGUACUGAAAAAACUCAUUCAUUUUCAAAAACAAAUAAUAUGCAAUCAUUAUCAUUACAAAAUCGAACUAAAACUAAUAUAAUUCCAUCACCAAAACGUACAUCAACUUUUCCUACAAAUAAACUGACAAAUAUAGAAACUCGAAAAUCUAUUUCAAAUAUUCCUGUUUCAUCAAAUUCAUCAUUACAAUCAAUAUUACGUAGUCCAAGUCGAACAGCAGAUAAACGACAAAUUUCAUCAACAACAAGUAGUAGCAGUGCAUUUCAUUUCGUAACAUCAAAUAAUCAUCAAAAAAAAAUUCAUUCAUUAUCUAAUAGUAAUAGUUCAUCAUUUAAAGAUGAUCGUAAACGAAUAACAAGUAGUGAUGAUGAUGAUGAUGAUUCUGAAACAGAUCAUUUAAGUCAAAAUGAUCUUAAAUUAAAAUUAAAAGAAGAAAAACGAUAUGGAAAAAAAAAAGGAGAAUUAUUAAAUAAAUUACAUGAAAAUUAUGAAGAAUUAUUAGAAAAAUAUGCACAUGCUGAAAAUACUAUUGAUCAAUUACGUUUUCAACCAAAAAUGUUCAAUGAAAAUACACCUAGAUCAACUACUUCUGAACAUCAUGUUCAUAUUAUUCAACAACCAGCAAUAAAUAUGGCUACACUACGAUCGAGUGGAGUAUAUCAUUCAACAACUGGUUCACCAUUUUCAUCAAUAAGACCAGUAACAUCAACAACAACCACAACAACAACACCAAUUAGAAAAAGUAUAUCACCUGUCUAUUCAGAAGAAUUAAAGACACCCGAAACAACUAAACCUACUUUACUUGUUCAAACAAAAACAUUAGGAAAUAAGAUGAAAUCAUUUCUUACAUUAAUGCAUAAAGAUCAAUUAAGUUUAUCUGAACAAAAACAAGUUUAUGAUAAUAUUAAAAAUGAUUAUGAAAAAUUAGUUAAAACAUUAGAUAAAAAAAAAUAUGAUGGUGAUCUUCAUGAUAUUGAUCUUAAUACAGAUUUAAAUGAUGAAUUAGAAAUAAUGAAACAAUUAUUAAAAGAAAUUGUUCAAAGAAUUACAGAAAAUUUACUUGGUAAAUCAGUUGAUACUUCAACAACUGAACGACAUAUUCGUUUAACACGUGAUGAUGGUAGUCAUUCAAGUCAAUUAUCUGUUCGAUCUUCAUUAUGUAAUCAUAAUGAUCUUAUGGAUCAAUAUCAAAAGUUAUUAAAUGUUGUUAAUACAGAAAGUACUGAUAAAAGUGAUCAAAUGAAAUUCGUACUUGACGGAUUAGAAACUGAUUCCAAGCAAAUAAAAUCAACUUCUCAUCAUUCAUCACGAUCAAGUUUAUUCGAUCAUCAUCCAACAUCAACACAAAAUCAACAAAAACCAUAUGUUUAUGUAUCCGGAAAUUCAAAUUAUUGUGGAACAACUGAAUUAAAUGAAGUUUAUGAUCGAGCAGAAAAAGUUCUUUAUCGUUCACAAAGUUUAUCAAGAUAUAUCAAUCGACAACUUAAACUUGCUUUAGCUACAAUGUAG